AUGUCGUCGCUCUACAUACAUAACCUCCUCUCCCGGAACGUCAGGCAGCAGACUGGGAAAGGCAAGAUCAGCCGCCAGCAGGUCAUCACCGUGGUGGGCAACCAGAACGGCCUGGUGGGCGUCGGCAUUGGGAAGUCUGACGGCUUCCCAGAGGCCUUUGCGAUGGCGACCCGGUCGGCUCUGCGGAACAUGGACUACGUCGAGCGGUUCGAGGACCGCACCGUCUGGACGGAGAUGGAGCACAAGUUCGGCGCGACCCGUGUCAUCAUGCGUCCCCGCCCCGUCGGCUUCGGCCUGCGCUGCAACCCCAACAUCUACCACAUACUCAAGGCGGCGGGGAUAAAGGACGUUAGUGCGAAGGUGUGGGGGAGCCGCAACCCGAUGCAGGUCGCCCACACGGUGAUGCAGAUGCUAUUGCCGGGAUGCGAGCCUCUGGGGAUGGGAAUGCGGGUUGGGAUGCGGACGAAGGAUGAGAUUGAGCGGGAGAGGGGGAGGAAGCUUGUUCCAUUGCGGUAUCCAUGA